AUGGAUGAAUUCCUGACCAGGCUCAACUUGGCCAUCGAACAGAAGAACAGUCUGAGCCUCAGAAAUGCUAAGGUGAAGCUGGAGCUACUGAGUACCAUUUUGACAAACCUGGCACGCUAUUUCUACAAAUUCACAGCUUUAGACUAUGAAUCCUGGUUCUUGAAUAAACUAAAAUUCCUUCUGCCUAGCAUUAAUGUGAAUUUGUUGCAGUUGAUACCACUGGAUGUCAGUUAUUCUGCCUACAGAGCCAUUUUUGGAGGCUUGGACCAGGUCUAUCCUGAGUUAUCUCAAGACAUAUCUCUCCAGAUCUACAAUUUGAUGAAGGCUAUGAUGAAACUCCAGCUCAAUGUCUCAGGAACAGUAUUUCCUGGCAGUUACAACAGCAGCCAAGGUUUUCUGCAGCUAAUGUUUUACAGAUUUGCACAUUUUGCUAGAUACACUGACUUCCUCUUAUUAUAUAAGGAUUUUAAUGGGUUCGAAGUCCUUUCCCUGCUAUCCCCAAAGCAAAUGGGAGAAAUGAUGAUAGUUACUGAUGCCUUCAAAGAUGAAUUCCUGGCUAUACAGAUAUUGGUUGAAUUGGAGAGACGGUUUUCUGUCUCUCUCAUGGAUUUUAUGAUUGAAUUUAAUGCUGCAGCCAAACAGAAGCAGCUGAUUGUCCUCCCAGAUCUCCGGAUCCGUGACUUAAUUUUCAGAAUGGUCUUCAAGACACUCAAGUUUGGCACCUUUACUGCUGAGCAAUACUCUUUUUGGUUUGGAACUCAACUCCAGCUGUUCCUGGCAGCUUUAUCACCCAAGGACCUGCAGCUGAUCCCACUCGAUGUAGACUGCCAAUCUCACCAGCACUUGGUGAAGGCCUUGGAGAAACCAUACAAUGUUUUAACAGCAGAACAGAAGGAAGCUAUUCAUGGGAGGAUAUUGAGCUAUCUGAAAAUAUAUCAGGCAAGAGAAGCUAUAUUCCAAGGUACUACGUGCUCUCCAGAUGCCAACAGCACCCAUUGGCUUCUCAGCAACUAUGGCCGAUUCAGUGCCCUCGCAAGCAUUGAAGAGUUCUUGUCAGUGAAUGUUAAUUUUAAUGCGGUUUCAGUCAUGGCAAAACUGUCUUCAAGCCAGUUGGCUGAAUUACUCAUAACUCUGGAAGCCUGGAAUGAUGGGAGCCUUCUAAUGGAGAUCAUGAGCCACUUGGACACCAUGGCAGAUCUGGCCAGAUUCCUUGACCAGCUGAAUAAGUUUGCUGUGAUGGAAUUGCAGAGCAGUGACAAUUGUGCUUUGAUUCUUGGCAUCGCAUUGCGAAAAUUAGCUGUCAACUUUGCAAAGUUCAAACCCAAGGAUUUCACCUACUGGUUCCAAUCUGCGCUCCAAAAUGUGCUGCAUGCUGUGAACAGAACCCAGGUGGUCUCCCUCCCACUCAGGAUAUCUUGUGACUCCUACCAACAAAUACUAAAGGGAUUUAACAACAUCUAUUCCAACAUCCCAGCGGAAAAUGCUGCAAACAUUUUUGGAUUCAUCAAAGCAUUUUUGAUGUCAAAAGUCAAAUCAGGCUUGGCCUGUGGACACCCAACUCAGAGCUUUCGGGACUGGCUACAAAUCAACCUUGGGAACUUCAGCCGGAAUGCUGAAUACCAUAACUUGCUGAGCUGGAACCUGUAUUUUGAUGGCAUGGCUGUUUUAGAAUAUUUGUCUCCAUCACAACUUGCAUCAUUCACUCUGGAAUCUGGAGUCAUCAACAACAAAGAGCACAUGUUCCAGAUCCUUGCAAAAUUGCAGAACAAACCACUAGCAGAAAUUUAUGAAUAUUUGGAUCAAUUCAACACAGUGGCCCAGAAGCUUGGAAUAACAUCCCUGAAAGAUGAAGGCAUACAAAAACAAAUGCUUUUGCAGUUUCUUGAGGGGGCUGAGGGUACAUUCUCAGCAUUUGCUCCAGAAAACUGGACCCACUUGCUGUCAACAAGACUGGGCCUCCUUUUGCCAAGCAUCAGCGAAAAGGAAUCUCAAAGGAUCUUGUCUUACGUUUCAAAUUGUGACAGCUUCAGAGCUGUGGUAUCCUCUGUCAGCCAGGUUUAUCCUUCUACACCAUUGGCCAAUCGAAAAGGCAUCUAUGAUACUUUAUUUGCUUUCCUUGAUACCCAGCAGAAGAUCACAGGAUCUGCUUGUUCUUCUCAUACCAAGAGUACAGAGUCCUGGCUGCAAAACCACCUUGGGCCAUUUGUCAAACAAGCUCCUUAUGAAGAUUUGAUCAAGCUGCUGGCCAGCUUCAAUGCGUUUGAGGUGAAGGAUAAUCUCACCUCCACCCAACUUGCUCACGUCUUUUUUGGCUCUAACAUCCUGAAUAAUCCUGAUACAGUCCGGGCACUUCUGAUGCCUUUAGAGAAUAGGCCUCUGGAAGAGACCAUUGCUUUUGUGUCAGAGUUUGUCCUCAUUGCUUCACAGAAGGGAAUGAUGUUCCUGGAAAACUCAGAAGUGAGGUUUUUGAUGCUUGAAGCCUUUUUCUACAAGAUGCACAAUUUGCUCCUCAGUGCCUCUGUCUCCCAGUAUAAAGAUUGGUUCCAGAGUAAGCUGAUUCUGUGGCUGCCCAGUAUGAAUACCACCAUCCUUGCAAUGAUCCCCAAAACUGUCCCUUGUGGCUGUUUCAAAACUAUAAUGGCUGGCUUGGAUAGGAGUUUCUCACAGAUGUCACCAGAAAAUUGUCAAGAUGUUUACAAGUUUGCCAUAGACUAUUUGACUUCCAAGAUUUCUCAAGGAGUUUUGGCAAACUGA